AUGAAGUGCAUUAUCCUUCUCAUUACGGUUUGCGUUGCAUCGCUCCAGGCCCAACCAUACUAUCCAGGCAUUGGCCUGGGUCUUGGACUUGGUGGAAUUGGUCGCGGCGGUUACCUUAAUGGGGGUGGAUAUGGUGGGGGCCUGUACAACGGCGGCGCAAGUGGCCUAAACAACGCUGGCUAUGGCGGAUCCAGACUGGGUGGCUACCACAACCUUGGCGCUCAUCAUAACAGCGUGACCUCUCUCAACCGUGCCGACAACUCUGGCUACCACAAUAUUGGUGGCGGAAGCGCGCUGAACCAUGGUGGUUACCUUGGCAACGGCUACAACAAUUACUUGAACGGUGCCAACGGUUACGGCAACGGCUACGGCAUGGGCGGAGGCGGAAGUGGAUUAUUUCUUUAA